GUUGGAAGACGUGAAACAAGAAACAGUUCUAAAACUCAAGUGCCCAAGCAGAAAUCACGAGUUGAUUGGAGGCGGACUAAAAGAAAUAGUAUCUCACAAUUAUCUGAUAGUGAUGAAGAGUUUUAUAGUAGUGAAGAGUUUGACAGUGAUAAGGAGUUUGAUAGUGAUGAAAGUGUUGAUGAUAAUGAAAGUGUUGAUAAUAAUGAAGAGCUUGAUAGUAACACAGGGCUUGAUAGCAAUAAAAAGCCAGAAAAUGAGGGAGAACUUAAGUUAAUUGAAGUUGAAAAUGAAGGAAACAACAGUAAGCAUCUCGUUAACACUGGCAACAGUUCAACAUAUGAAGAAGAAAAGAACAAAAGCAAACAUAGUCUUGACUUAACAGAUUAUGAAAGUCAUCCAAGUCAGGAGGAUGAUGAUCUCAACAAAUACACUGGACAAAUAAUAGAGGAGGAUUUAGAAGAAGAGCACAUCAAACGAGGAAAGAGAAAAAGUAUAGCCUCUGUGAUAUGUGACAGUGAUGAGAGUGAUGACAGUGAUGUAAUAGUUAGAAAAGCAGGUGUCAAACGUCCACGUAGAGUGAUUGAAGAUGAAUGUUCUUCCCUGGAGAUGGAGCAAAAAAAAUCUGAAAAAACUUUAGCUGCACGAAAACAAGAAAAACUCCAGAAGCUGAAAGAACUCUCAAAACAAAGAUCUCGUCAGAGACGUGAUAGUGAAAGAGAUUUUGAGGACUCUGAAAAGGAAUCCUGCCCAAGUAAUGAUGAAGAUGACGAAGAUGAGGAAGAGAGUUGUGAGGAUGAAGAUGGAGAUGAUUCUGUUAUUGGUGACUUUAUAGUAGAAGAUGAGGAAGGUGAUGAAGAGAAUGAAAGUCAACGAGAAGAAAAAUUGACUACUUCACAACUAAAAUUAGUAAAACAGAAUUCUCUCUAUUCUUUUAGUGAUCCCUAUACUCACUUUGAAAGAGUUGUGAAGGCUUUGCUGAUCAAUGCUUUAGAUGAAUCUUUUCUGGGAACAUUGUAUGAUGGCACCAGGCAGAAAUCAUAUGCACAAGAUAUGUUGACAUCUCUUCAUUAUUUGGAUGACCGCUUUGUUCAGCCUCGUCUAGAGAGUUUAGUUUCUAGAAGUCGUUGGAAAGAGCAAUAUAAGGAGCGGGUAGAAAAUUACUCUAAUGUAAAUAUUUGCCAGAAGAACCCUGAAAACCGUUCCUGCCAUGCCUGUGGAUUACAUCGCUACUGUACAUAUUUGGUGCAUUUAUCAGGAAAGUUAUAUAAUACCAGAACUAUGGAAACAGAUGAUUUCAUGUCACAUGAUAAGCAGGUGUUUACUGUUGGUAGAAUUUGUGCUCAUCGUACCAGGAUUUAUCAUAAACUGAAACAUUUUAAAUUCAAGCUCUACCAGGAAUGUUGCUCCAUUGCAAAGAUAGAAGAAAUGGAAGAUGAACAGGUCAAAGAAACAGUGGAAAGAAUUUUCAGUCAGUCAAAAGAAAGUGGCUGGAUUAAGAAGAUUGAAAAGGCCAAGCUUACCUUCAUUUCCUUUGAGUAAAAUAACUAGCUUUCUUAUUGUAUAUGCAGAAAUAUGGUCAACUUGAAGAAUAUCUCAGUCUUGCGGAUUACUUUCAAGAUGAGAAGUUUGACUG